ACCUGUGGAACUGUUACAGGUGUGAACCUUAGCUGAACUCUGAAUAAAAGCAAUAAAAAACUUUGUUGUUUAUUGUUUUCAAUCCACUUUGUUUUUCACAGACGUUUAACUUGAAGCUGCAGUGGAGCUUUAACUAAAUUUAAAAAAUACAUUUCCUAAUUAAAUAUGAACAGUUACUGUGAACAAUUUUACAAUAUGAAAAUUCUUUAACUUAUUUCCACUUUUUUUUAUUUUCAUGAUUCUACUGAAACUCUACUGGUGACCUCUGACGUGUGUGGGCGGGGUCAGGCAGUGGGGUGGUCUCUUUCAAGGCCAAUGGAAGGGUUCAUUGGGCGGGACUUUAAGCAAACAGACCAAUAGAUAGAGCGAGGGAUGGAGUCUGGGAUGUCACUCCACAUUGACACAGUUCAGUCCUGAGAGAUUAGCAGAGAACAAGUACUGAGUAUAGUAAUACUACAUGUGUUCAUACGACAGAGUAGUAACACUUAUGUGUUGAUACUACUGUGUGGACUGAGUGUAGUAUUACUGCGUAUAGAGUACUGCAACCUCCUCCUCAUCCUGCAGAUGGACUCAUCAGCGCCCCCUGGACUCUCUCUGGUCGCCGUCCUGUCUCUGUUAGCAUGUAGCAUCCAGGUGCUAACUGCCAUCCUGCUAACACACAGGUAUGGUGGGCGGAGCUCUGUGACGGACAAGUGGAUCCUAUUGUGGCUCUUCUAUGAUGUUAUUGUCCACCUGACGCUGGAGGGUCCGUUUGUUUACAUGUCUUUGGUUGGGACGGUGCAGUCGUCUGAAGGUCCUUUGGCUGAACUAUGGAGGGAGUACAGUAAAGCUGACAGUCGUUGGUUAGUUUUUGAUCCAACAAUCGUUUCCAUCGAGAUUCUGACGGUCGUCCUGGACUCUGUACUCGGAGUACUUCUCAUCUAUGCAAUACUGAACGACCAGUACUACAGACACUUCCUGCAGAUCACUCUGAGCGUGUGCGAGCUGUACGGCGGCUGGAUGACCUUCUGUCCUGAUUGGCUGAUGGGCAGUCCCCACCUGGACACGUCCAGCUGGCUCCACCUGUGGGUCUACCUGGUCUUCUUUAACGGACUCUGGGUUAUGGUCCCCGUCCUGCUGCUGAUCCAGUCCUGGUUUUCUCUGAGGAGUCUGCACGCCAUCGACCACGCACACAAGAGGAAGUGACAAGUGUUUGAAAAAUGGGUUUACGUCAACAUUUAAAGUUCAUUCCACGUUUCCACGAUCAAUAAUGAAUACAUCUGAUUGAAAACCUGAUGAUUGAUCAGUGAAUUACUUGUAGAUUACGUUGUCUACUGUUGAUCUUUAUUGAUUCUUUUUUUUCAAAAUAAAACAACAGAGUGAAA